AUGUCGGCACCUCCAAACUCGAAGCGCAUGAAGCCCUCUCUGCCCACUACAGCCGCACCAGCUCAUCUCAUGGCGCAGCAGCAGUUACGCGCGUUUCCAGGAGCCGUUCCGUUCGACGGGCUUGCGAUGCCUCCAAAUCAGAUGUCAGUUCCAAAUCCACGGAAACGCCGGGCCUCGCCGCCGCCUGGAGUACCUUCGACAAUGGUCAUGCCCAUGGGUACAGCGGCUGAAGUGAUGGGCGGCGUGACGAUGGCCAUCCCAGAGCCGGCGCCCAAGAAAAAGUCCAGGACCAACACCCCGUGGACUGCAGAGGAGGAACAGAGAUUGAAGACCAUGCGGGAUACUGGACUCAGCUGGAGUGAGAUAGCAAAGACCUUCCCUGCCAGAACCGAAGGGAGCGUGAAGAAACAUUGGUAUAAGGAUAUGCACUACGCCGAGUUUGCAGAGGACGAGUCUACCGCAUUGCGCGAGGCAAUCAAAGAAUAUGAGGCCAACAAGUGGAAAAUCAUCGGGCAGAAAGUUGGCAAGCCUGCAAAAGCAUGCGAGCAGUAUGCAAGGGAACAUUUCAAAAAUGUUUGA